CUGGGAGCUUGCUUGCAUGCGCUCCGUGCUGUUUGAACCUGAUACAGGAGGCUGCAAAGUCCAAGCGACAUGAUCCUUGGUCCCUCAACGCAUUACCGAGACAGGAAUGAUAUCAUCAUUUUACAACACAAGUCAACCACAAGAAUCUAGAAGACAUACCCCCGUAUAGUUUCAAGAGUCGCCUGGAAGUAUAAUUGCCAAGCAAUGUCGUACACAUCGCCGGCGUGUGCCUAGGAUUGAUGUGAAACCGCACGCGCUCCGAGGCAGCCGCUGUUAUUGAGUGCGGGGUUUAAUCAUCGACCUGCGACAAAGCGAAGGAAAAAGAGAAGAGAGAGAGAAAGAAAGAGGCAGGGAGAAAAGCAAAAGAGAAAAAGAAGAGAACCAAGCAGCAGACGGGGAAACGGGUCAUGGGCGACGGACCGGCCAAGUCAGGGCUCUCUUCCGUCCCCAGCAUCAUCACGAAUAACCACGAACAGUCCCGGGCUGGAGCCGCAGCUGGCGCCGGCCGCGGCGGUCCAUUAUCGACAGGGACCCCGACCACAUCGCCUUCCAUCACCGGCUUCCGGCAGCAAGCCAUCCGCAUCCAGGAACCGCCCGAGCGACGCCCGCUCCUCGCACAGCGCGCCGCCUUCCCGCACAACCUCGACAACGAGGUCUUCUCGUGCCGCAUCUACGGCAGCAGCAACGGCUCAUCAUCCCCAGACAACCCCAGCGCCGGCGACCAUAAUGGCGGCGGCGGCGGUGGCGGCGGCGGCGGCGGCAGCCCCUACCGGCACCUGCCCGUCUACACAACCAUCCACCGCAUCCGGCGCGACAUCAUCUCGGUGGUGGAGGACUACCUCUCGCUGGAACAGCUGCGCGACCUGCGGCUCAACGUGAGCGUGAUCCGGCCGCUGGUCGACAAGCUGUACGAGCAGGACGACAUCUCGAUCGUGUACGCGCUGCUCGUCAACCGCGCCCAGUUCCUGAACGAGCAGGCCCACCUGAGCAACCGCCAGAACGUCAACUACACGCGCGCCGCCCUCUGCGAGCUCAUCGCCACCCGCAUCCUCCGCCGCUUCAACGAGGACAACGAGGGGCCCCGGAACCUCCUCGUCCUCGCCCACAUUCUCAUCGCCGGCUUCGAGCCCUUCCAGAACGCCCCCGACGAGAUCCGCGCCGCCGUCGGCGCCUCCACCGCCCGCCAACGCACCCUGCCCGCCCUCGAGGUCGCCAUCCUGAGCGAGAGCCGCGUGUUCCUCGCGAGCACCAGCUGCCAGAAGAUCGUCGAUGCCAUCUACGAGGGGAGGGUCGUCUACACGCCCUCCAGCUUCAUGGACAUCCUGCCCGACCGGUACAAGCAGCUGCCCAUCUCGCUCUACAACCCGAGGGAGGCGCCCCUGCUCAACCACUACCGCCUGCUCGUGCCCCGGACGAGGAACAUCCUCGAGAUCAUGCACUUUAUCAUCCUGCUGGCCCUCUAUCUCGCCUUCAUGAGCGAGCGGGACAGCAGCCGCAUCACCAAGCUCGAGAUGUGCUUCACCGUCUAUGCCAUGGGCUGGGUUCUCGACCAGUUCGCGACGCUGUUGGGGCAUGGCUGGGAUGUGUAUGCCCAGAACCUGUGGUCCUUCCUGGACGUCACGUUCUCCGUCAUCUACUGGAUCUACCUAGUCAUCCGUCUCUACAGCUGGGCCAAGGGGAGCGUGGCUGCAGGGCAGCAGGCUCUGGACGUCCUGGCCAUGGGCGCCCCCGUGCUCGUGCCCCGGCUGGCCUUCAACCUGCUCUCCGACAACCUCGUCUUCCUCUCGCUGCGGUCCAUGAUGUCCGACUUUGCCAUGCUGUCGGCCCUGGCCAUAUGGUGUUUCCUGGGCUUCCUCCUCUCGCUGGUGUGGUUGGGCAACGGCCUCUUCAGCGCUGGGACCAUCAGCAAAUGGAUGAUCUACAUAUGGUUUGGGCUGGAUGGUUCAGGCAUCCAACACUCGUCCGACUUCCACCAAGUCCUGGGGCCCUCCCUCAUGGUCACCUUCGCUUUCCUUGGCAACACCCUCUUCCUGACCAUCCUCGUCUCCAUACUGUCGACUACCUUCAGCCACAUCGUCAACAAUGCACCCGCAGAGAUUCAGUUCCGUCGCGCUGUCAUGACCCUCGAGGGCGUCAAGGGCGACGCCAUCUUCGCCUACCCGCCGCCCUUCAACAUCCUGGCAAUCCUGCUCCUAGUGCCCCUCAAGUUCUUCGUCUCCCCGCGGUGGUUCCACAAGAUCCACGUCUUCUCGGUGCGCCUCAUCAACCUGCCAAUCCUACUCAUCAUCGCCCUCGCCGAGCGCCGCUCUCUCGCGCCCCAACACAAGCUGCCGUCGCUCUCGCCCGCGCCGAGCAUCUCCAAAACGCGCCCGACCAUCCGCAUCCGCCGCCACUUCUGGGACAGGUGGCGCAUCACGCACAGCGACAUCGAGACCGUCUUCGAGGUCCCCGUGCCGGACUCGGUGCUCGCCGAGAUCGCGGCCGACGACGACAUGACCCGGCAUCUGAUCCGCAGGCAGUUUGUCGCAGGCAGCCGAGGGGACCAACACCAGCAGCAGCAGCAGCAGCACCAGCAGCAGCCAGUGUCGCCGCUCUUGGCCAAGCCGGGCCAAGCAGGACCACUUCCCACUGCAGCAGCGCCGCCACCGCCACCGCCACCGCCAACAACAACGACAACGACAACAACAACCACGUCGCCGCAGCAGCCGCAGCGGCAACAGCAACAACAGCCGGGAGGUCCUCCGGGUGCCCGACUGACAACCCGGAGGGACAGCAUCGGGCCGUUUCCGGGGCUGAGGGCCGAGCUGCAGGGGGUGCUGAGCGAGAGCGACGAGGUGAGCGACAUCACCACGAGGCUGGAGGCGCUCGAGGACGGCAUCCAGCGGAUCCAGGGGCUGCUGGAGAGGCUGGUGGGCAGUGCGAGCGCGAGCGCGAGCGCGAGCGCCAGCGUGGCUGCGAGUAGUGCCGGGGGCGAGGUACUCGAUGCGGGAGGGGCUGACGCGCGGGAGGGGGAGGGGCAGGGGCAGAGGGGGUUGUCCUUGGCCGAGCUGAAUCGGGUUGCGGAGGAGUAGUGAACAAACAAGUAAGCGUUCUCUGGGCGUAGUCAAGUAAAGAAGGAUGAUAUGAAGCGUAACAAAACAAGGAACAGAAAAAAAAAAGGAAAGGAAAGGAAGAACAGAGAGAAAACAGCGUGAUAGGUUCCUGCAUUGCGAGGCGUUGGAGGGGACCCAUGUUGCUCGUUUUCUCUUUACACUAAGCACAUCACAGAAAGGAAGUGUUCUGUUUCCCGAGUCCUUGAAGGGAUUCUUGACUUUCGAAACUUUGGAUCAAAAAAGAAUCGCGCAACACGCUGUUUCCGCUUCCUAACCUACAGUCCGGUGGAAAAUCACACCUUCCCUAA